GCAGAGGGUACUGUCUGCAACCUGAAGAAUUAGAAGUUAUUCACAUGUAGUCGCCGUGGGAGCGGGAUUUGAAUAAAAACAAAACAUUUAGUGGAGGCUGGAGCUCCUGUUGAAAAUGUGCAAGGCUAUUUUGUGGCUCGCAAGUGUUAGUUUGCUGAUUUGCCCCGCUGUGAGCUGCUACGAGUGCUUCGUCGAGGUGGAAGACAGCCUUCGGCUGUGCUGGGGUCACGUUCUGACGCACGAAAACGUCCGAAACGUGGACGAGUGCUUUAGGAUGCUGGACCGCAUAUUCAACACGAACGAGAGCGUGAUAGAGGCUGGAAGAGUGGGUGAAGGCUAUGACAUCAAGCUGAAGGAGAUACUAGACGCUGAGAUCCUCCCCAUAGUGGAGGAGUUUGACCAGCAGCUGAAUAAGGACAGCGUGUACGAGAGCAGGCUGCUGACAGCAGCAGACAAUUUCAUUGCAGCUGCCUCCAAACUGCCUAGAGUCUCUGGGUGUUUUCCUCCAUGUGGUUUUCAGAGUGCAGGCGCUGUGUACAACUGUAUCACCUGCCAGUAUGACUCCUGUGAAUUCCCACUCGACUGUCCAGUUCAAGAAAUUGAGGUAAUGGAGAACAGCGGGGCCCGAAUGUGGUGUGAUGUGCCUUUUGAUCUACCAAAUGAUAUUGAGGUGAUCUGGAGGUUUGCAGAGGAGGUGAAAACGCAGGAAAUGGACCAGUUUAAGGAGGUGACAGCAGGAGUGGACAGGCUCUACUCCAUUCCAUCAACCCGCUUGCAGCAUCAGGGCACUUAUCAGUGCGAGAUGUACUCAGGCAGUCGCUCCAUUGUCAGGCUCUACUUCUACAUCACAGUGACCCCCCAGCUUGUGGCAGGCCACACAGAGCUGCAGGAGAUAUUUGACCUGUCUCUGCUCCCAGGAGGGCAGUUACUCGCCGCGCCUGGCGCAGCUCCUCGCUCCUUCCUCCGCCUCCUCCUGUUUCUUCUCACCACCUGUUUAACCACUUCACUGCUGCUGCUGUUCCUCUCCCUGGGGGUCUUGUACUGGACAUCGGUGUCAGAGGAAGAGCGUCCUGUUGGAAAUACAGAUGAAGACGAAGUUUUGGGGCCUGUCUUGUUAUGAGUUUGAACGCAUUAAUCUGUAUUAAAAAUG